UUUGUAAUGUUGGUAGCAACGCGUACGGACAGUUUGGCAUUUUGUGAUGUGAGAUUUUGUUAAAAGUUUUUAUUAUGGUCUAAUUAAUAUAUAUUGAGAUUAUAUAUACAUGCCAGUUUUAUUAACAAACAAAACUACAUAAAAGUCUUCCCUAUUGGUUCAUAGUGCAAUGAGAAAGAAGCUCACAUCUUUACGAAUUAGCCUAUUAAAAAUUUGGUUAAGAGAUGAAAAUAAAAAAUGAUGGAAUGCAAAUAAAAACAUUAGAACAUAUGUGAUGUGAAACAUGAAUUAGUGAUCUUUUAAUGAAUUAUUGAUUCCAACGUAUAGUGAAGUGUACUUGAAGGUCCUCGAUCAUAAUUUUUGAGGAAUCUGAAGAUAAGUGUAGAGUGAUCUAAUAAAUGCAGCAUGAAUAGUACAGAUUUUCGGUAGAAGUGCGACAUGAUCAAAGAAAAGCACGAGAAGGGCUCCGAUAGCGUCAAAGAAGAGCCUGGUAGUUCUGAAAAGGAAAUUCCCAAUGCUGAUGUACAUGUAAAAAAGGAGGAAGAUGCUACAGGAAGUGCAUGUCCAAUCAAAAAAGAAUCCAGUCGCCCUAUUACUAAAAAUGGGGGCCUCAUUGGUUCCACUAAUACAGGAUCCUUGCAAACAUCAUCUGACAGAAAGCCUGAUAAUGAAGAAACACCUUCUGCUUCAGAAAAUUCUAUAAAAACCGAAGAACAGUUACAACAGGAUAUACCUGCUGAAACUUUUUUGGGAUUGCCUGCUCCACAACCCCCUGACGGGGUGCAGCCGUUAAUCAGCAAUGUUAUUAAUAAACAACCGAGUACUAUGGAGCCCUAUAUGCAACAACAGAGUCAAAUAUUUGUGUUCUCAACCAUGUUGGCGAAUUCUGGAGCAGAAGAAGUCUUACAAGGCAGAUAUCCUUCAAUAAUAGCGUAUCAUUGUGCCCAGCCAGGUACUAAAAAAUACUUGGAGAAAAAUCCAUUGAAAGUUACACAGUUCAGGCCAAAUCCUACUCAGUGGUUGAAUAAUAUAGCGAUGAUGAAAAAUAAAGGUUGCACACGUAGUUCACUAGGUCCCAAAACUCAACCAUCAAUUGAUUCUUUUUUGAGUCCCGAAGGGUUAGAUGAAAUGGUUGCAUUGACUGAGGAUUUGACGUGGGAUCAGAAAAAUAAUCAUUUAGAUAGUUUAGAAGGUGUCAGUAAUGGUCUACCAGAUGUAGGACCAGAUAUGGAUGCCUGUAGCCCUUCCUUAUCAAAUGUGCCCUCAUUACAGGGUGUUAAAGUGCCUGAUGAAAAUCUUACCCCUCAACAACGUCAACAUAGAGAAGAACAACUAGCUGCUAUCAGAAGAAUGCAACAAAUGCUUUUUCCAGAGAGACAAUCCAUGGAGGAGCAAAAUAUGACUAAUGUUUCUAAUGUAGAAAGUGGUAACUCUUCAUUAGAUAUGCAUAGGCAAAUGAAUCAGCCCCCAACAAGUACAGGACAGCAACCAGUAUCUGCACAGAUGGAGUGGCAAAAGUUACAAAGUCAGUUUUUCGAAGAUAGAAAAAUUAAACCUCCGGAUAAUCGAAUGUGUAGCAAUCAAGUAGUGCCAGUAGGCCCUGUCAGUUCAGGCCCUUCUUCAUGUUCCGGAACACCAGGCGGGGGUGCUCUGAGGGGAGCUCAAGGCUCUGGACAAAGACUACAAGGACCACCACCUCCAUAUCAUCAGACACAGAGAUCUGCAAGUGUUCCAAUUGCACUUCAGAGCCCCUCACCCGCAUCUCCUAAUAAUCCUACAUCAAAUUUAUCCCUUCCCUCACCUAGGGCUUCCUCUGCUCUAAAUUCCCCAGCCGAUUCUAAUAGACCUUUCGGUCUUAAUAGACACAUGAGUACAGGACAAAGUCCAACAUCUCAAGACUCCCCCUCAGCCCCUAGACUGAAUCAUAGUAAUCCCGGAACACCAGUUUCAUCACACCUAUCGCCUAGUAUAAGCAGUAGCACAGCAGAACCAUGUUCAACACAUCAGUCUUCAGUGGAUGGAAUGUUUGGCAGGACCUUGCAAUCCAUGGCACAACAGAAACAACAGAUGAGCACUUCCACCACAACCUGUUCAAGUUCGGCAUCAACAAAUGUUAAAGAACCCAACCUCAUGCCUGUACCAUCACCUCAACAAAUACAGUAUCUGAAUACAUUUGAGGGGCAAGAAUUGAUCAUUCAAAAGCAGCCCAACACUAGCCUUAAAGAGGGAAACAUCAUAUCAUCAUCGGCAUUACCUCCAACAUCUACGAUGGACAAUGCAUUUCCAGGCAGCUCGACCGAUAUGGGUCACUCAAGGGUUUCAGGGCCAAACACCCCUACAUCCAUGGAUGUCGGACCACGUUUCCCACCUACACCCUCGGAAGGGUGUCGGUUUCAGAUCCCCAGCCCACACACGCCAACUGCAGCAAAUACAGGGGGUGACAAAUCCCAGCGACUGACUGCCCCUGGUCCUACAUCUGCACCAGGAAUGAGCCCUCAAACCGUACCAGGCCCCACGUCUGAUCCCCUGAAGAACGACCUCUUCCCCACUCCAAGCCCACAUAUGAUGGAUGUAACACGUUUUCCUGGACCUAACAAUUCACCGGGCGCCAAAAUAGGAGGCGGUUUUGUAAAUGUUUCACCGCCUGGCAAGCCUAGCCCCAUGGACCUUCCCAAUUACAGUUGCGGAAGGGGAGAUAAUAUUCCACUCAACCCAAAUUGUACAAGUAGUAUGUCAGGGAACCCGAAAGUAUCCCAUUUUGACCCGAUAUCCUCUUUGGCACAGAUGAGUCAACAAUUAACGAAUAGUGUAGCUAGUUCUUUAAAUGGUCAGGGAAACCAGGGUCCUGGUAUGAUGAACUUUGGAUCUCCUUCUAUGCACAUGAUGGACAUGGCGUCGUGUCAUGGUAUGCCUGAUAUGGAUCAAGGUGGAGGCAUGAUGGGAAUGCCUAUGCAAGGCCCACCCCACAGUUUCCAUCCGAAUUCGCCAAUGGGUCCUAUCCGCUCUCUAUCCCCCAAGUUGCCAGGUGCCUUUCCCAAUCACAUGCCUAUGCCCAGGAUGAUGGGACGUCCCCCAGGUCCGAAUCCUUACAAUGGAGCUAAUGUCCAGGUUAAACCUAAUGCACCUAACACAAUCCAGUAUUUACCUGCUAAACCUCAGGGUAAUAAUCCAGGUCCAAGGGGGCCGCCAAGCUUGGAUUUCCUACAGAGAUUCGCAAACCCCAUGUCGAAUAUGGAGAACAAAAUAACUGGCCAGAACAUGCAUCAUUAUUUUCCAGGCUGCGGGCCUAACAGUGGCCCGAUGCCCCCUCAUAUGGGCCACAUGGAUGGACCCAUGCCACCAGAACUUGGGGGCUCGAUGAUGGGGGGACCCAUGGGUAAUGGUAACCCAAUGAUGGGAGGCAAUAUGGGCAUGCCUGGGGGCAUGAUACCAAUGAUGAGAGGACCUCCUAUGAGACCUUCGGCAAUGAUGAGGAUACCGCAGAUGGGUUUCAACGGUCCACCGGGCCCUGGUCAUGAUGGAAUGUUCAAUCCAGGACCUGGAAACAUGGGAAAUCCCAAUCCACAAAUGUUUGUUGGUGGACCCAAAGGAAGUCCGAUGGGUCUUGGUGCUCCAGAUGCCAGUCAACCCUUGCCUCCUUCAAUGGGACAGAAUAAUAGCUUUAAGAACUCGCCAUUUGUGGGCCCGACUACGGCCGAUCCGAACUACGCUCAGCAGUUUCAUAAUUUCCAACAACAGUUAUAUGCUACAGGCACUCGCACACAAAUGGGAGGUCAGACUAUGGGUCCAGGGCCCCCGCAUCCUCAACAGCCUCCGUAUUUCAAUCCAAAAUAGCUAAUUUGGUGCUGAAUGCGUCAGAGUUUUGUUUAUUUUUGAUAUUAAAAAUACCCUGGCAAUAAUUAGAACUCAAGUUGAGUUUGUAUAUUCUCAUGUUAUUGAGUGGAAUGCAUUGAAGUGCAGUUAAAGGCUCUGCAGCCUCUGUUCGUGUACAAAGCUGCCUGUCUACGCUAUUUUGAAUUUGUAUAUUUGCCAUAAUUAGAGACUAUAGUAUAAUCUUUAAGUGUAGGACUUGAAAAAGUUCUUUUAUGACAGAGGUUUCACUAUUGCUCAUAUUGAUUUGUUUCUAUCCAUCUGUUAUUCGUUUUAUUGUACAUUUUAUGAGUAAUCAUCAAUCAAAUGAUAAUAAAAUUCUAUAUUAUA